UUGAGCGGUUGAGGAAGUUCCUUCGUGGGUUCGUUCGGUGAAGAGUGAAAUUGUCCUUUGUGUUUAUCUGCUUCAGCGCGCGUGUGCAGCUUUGUGCUCUGCUUGGGUUCAAGGAUAGUAGGUCAAACCGGAGAGAAGCACAAGUAGCUAAGAAAGCUACGACGGACGGUGGACGGCGCGCUGCGAAGAAAAGUGAUCUCAAAGGACCUCUCAAGUUCAUGGGCGGACACCGAUCGGUGGGUGCGCUGUGAAAGUUGAACUGAACGGAAGGAAUUCGUGUGUAAAUUCGUGUUACAAAGAAAAAAAAAAUAAACGUAAAAAUGAAAUCAAUCACCGCAUUACUAGUGCUCGGAGUCCUGCUACGAAUCGACAGCAGUUACGGAAAAUUGCCCUCAGCCAUUCGAGUGUGUUCCCGCAACGAUCCCGAUCUGAACACGUGUGUUACGAAUUCGGUGAUAGCGCUUCGGCCGCUGCUGGCGAGCGGAAAAUUUUCCGACGACUUUUCGGUUCCGCCACUGGAACCGCUGGCCUUAUCCAACAUCAACAUGGACCAAGGCCAGGAAUUCAAGGCCACCUUCAGCCGGCUGCUAGUGGAUGGACCCAGCCAGUUUCAGAUCGAUAAUCUAAAAGUUAAUCUUGAUAAGUUAACAUUCGACUUUAACAUCUACCUUCCGAAGCUUGCAUUUCGUGGCAAAUACGACCUCAAGAUGCGACUGCUGCUGCUGAACAUUGCCGGAAGCGGUGAUCUGAAGGGGGUAAUCGAGAACGCCCGUGCACGCGUGAAGCUGUUCAACGAGAAGUACGAGAAGGAUGGCCAAGUGUAUAUGCGUGCCAAGCGGCUGCUUGUCAAGAUCCAGAUCGAGAAGGGUCAGUUCGAUCUGAAGGAUCUCUUCAACGGCGACCCGGUGCUCAGCCAGGUCGGCAAUCAGUUCAUCAACGACAACUCGCGGCUCUUCCUGGAUGAACUGACACCCGGACUGGAACGCAGCCUGUCGGAAACGUUCAAAAACACGGCCAACGAAAUCCUUCAGCUGGCAACCAUGGACGACAUCUUCCCGCCGGCAUAAAUGAAAGAAUUCUUAACGAGACGCGGAAAAAAAGAAAUACACCAAAAAAAAGGGUCAAAAAUUCCGGUCGGACGUAAUAGUACUUAUCGUUCAUUUCAAUCAUGAUCUGAAACUAACACGUCAUCCAACAUCAUUUAUGCUUAACUCCCUGCACGUAUCGUACUGAAUACUGGGAAGCUGUUGUCUGUGAUUUAUAAUUAUUUCAUAAUUAUAUUUAGUCUAUUGAAAACGCUAGCACGUAAGAGUAACGAGUUCUUUUUUGUUGUCGAACUGCGAUGCAGGAACAGCUUCGACGAAAAGAACUGAAAUCGUCAUUCUCAUCUACAUAAGAAUGGUAAACA